AUGGCGAACCCGCUAGACACCGACGCAGGCUCGGAACUCUUCAGCACAUACGAGGCGGAACUCAAACUAGUCGAGGCCGACAUCAACCAGAAACUCGACCAGAUCCCCGAGCUGACGGGCGAAGAACGCAAAUCAGCGAUCCGCGGUGCGGAGCGGGCGCUUGAUGAAGCCAAGGAGUUGCUUGAUCAAAUGAACCUCGAGAAAUCAAACAUACCGACCUCGGCGCGGUCCACGGUCAACUCACGAUUCCGCAACCACCAAACCGACGUCGAUGGCUUGAAACGCAAAUUAAAGUCGCUGGCCGACUCGGACCGCAAACAGCUUUUCGGCGACCGGUACACGGACGACCCGGAGGCCGGACCUCGAGACCCGCACCUCGAGCAGCGCCAGCAGCUGUUGUCGGGCACAGAACGGUUGGGUCGCAGUAGUGACAGACUAAGGGAGUCGCAGCGGAUUGCGCUUGAGACGGAGCAGAUUGGUGCAUCGACCUUGGCGGACCUACACCAGCAACGGAAUGUCAUUGAGCAUACGCAUAGGAAUCUACUGCAAAGUGAGGGCUACGUGGACAGGAGUGUCAAGACGCUGAGGGGGAUGGCGCGUAGGAUGGCUACCAAUCGGAUAAUCACCAUCGCGAUUAUCACGGUGCUGGUGCUUCUCAUUAUCGGCGUGAUAUACAGCAAGUUCAGAUGA